UAGAGUCGCCGCUCGAUUAGGGGAGGGGGGAAGCAGAGCGGCCCUGCGCGACGCGGCGCACGCCGAUUGCGUCACCGCCGACCGGCCACGCGACGAGCCGGGGUGGGGAGCGACUUCCGUUUCCUGAGCGACGAGCCUCACCUGGCUGGGGGCCGUGCCCCCCAUUUCUCCGCCCAUCUUCCACCAUGACCGAUUUGAUCCUCAACGUGGACUUUGUUGCCUCUGAGCCCCCCAAAAAGAAGGAAAGUGGGAACCAAAAGCACCGGAGCUUCGUGCAGCGGCGACGGGUGCUGGAGCGGCGUGGGGUGCUGAGGCAGAAACAGCUUCCGCCGCCCGGCAGCGCCUCAAAACCGGGCCCCAAGCGCCAGCAGGGCGGCAAGACCCCCAAGAAGGCAAAACCCCCCCAACCUGCGCCAUGCCCCAAAUCCAACAGCCCUUCGUCUCUCAGCGCGGCCAAAACUGCCUCCACCGCGACACAGCCUCCUAGCAAGCCCAAACCGGUGGCCAAGGCGAAGCUGCAAGCUCCCAGAAUCCCCAUCCAGCCCAGCAAACUGGUGGCCAUUGACUGCGAGAUGGUGGGAACUGGUCCUGGUGGCCGCACCAGUGACCUGGCUCGCUGCAGCAUUGUGGGCUACCACGGUGACAUCCUCUACGACCGCUACAUCCGUCCCGCUGCGCCCAUCGUCGACUACCGAACCCGCUGGAGCGGCAUCCGACGGCACCACAUGGUGAACGCUGUCCCCUUUAGCAAAGCCCAGCGAGAGAUCCUGCGCAUCCUCUCUGGGAAGAUCGUUGUCGGCCACGCCAUCUCCAACGACUUCAAGGCCCUCAAGUACUUCCACCCGAAGGCGCUGACGCGGGACACCUCCAGGAUGCCACUGCUCAACCGCAGGGGCGGCUUUCCCGAGAACAUCAGCGUCUCCCUGAAGCGCCUCACCAAGGAACUGCUGCACAGGGACAUCCAGGUCGGGACGAGCGGCCACUCCUCGGUGGAGGACGCCCGAGCUACCAUGGAGCUCUACAAAGUGGUGGAAGCUGAGUGGGAGCAACACCUGCUGCUUAACCCCGAGCAGGAGUGAGCGCCCCUCGGCCCCAUCCUGCAUCCCGAAAGGAUCCAGAGCCCGCAGGGCAGAGCUCCAAGAGGCUGCUCCGUCCAUCCAGGCGAGGUAGCGGGAAAGGAGACAGCGGGAACGCGGAGCCAAGAGGGCCCAUUCCUCAUCCUGAUGCUCCUCACGUGCCUUGUUAACGCCACUGCUCUCCUGCACUGGGGGAGCGCUGGGACCAGCCCGUGCCUUCCCUUGGGGGGGAUCCCUGGGGUCCUGAGCCCCCUUGGAGUGGCUCAGCGGUGCCAAAACCACCUAAGCCAGAGCCAGGGUGCGGCGCUGGGGUUCUGCCGGCGCUUACCGGAGCACAGAGCCGUUUCCCAAGGGAAUCGGUGGCCAGGGUGGACUCCUUCCCCUCCCGGUUCUUCCCAUCUUGCAAAACUACCUCUGACAAUGGUGCAGGAACCGCCAAAGGGCUCGGGGCGCUGGGAGCGGGCAGCGCCCGGCAGGCGGGAAGCAAAUCCUGCUGGGAAGUCCCCGCUCCUGAUCCGAAGCUGCUCCCCGUCGAGGAUUUGGGUGCCCAUCUUCCUUGUUACGUAAACGCUGCUGCGGGGGCCGGGACGAGCCCGGGCACGGGGCACCUGGUGUCACCAGGAGGCCGUGUCCUCCGCCAGCGGCUCCAAACGCCGACGUGCGAUUGUUCCCUGAGCUCCGGAACGUUCCCUGAGCUCUGUGAGGGCUGCUUUGAUCUUCAGGUUUAUUACAAAACCUCAAUUAAAAAGGAAUGAUUAACGAGCCUUUCCUUUAGACGGUGGUGCAGGGGUAUGGAGAGGAGUUCCAGGUGUGGGGAUGGCCAGAGAGAGCGGGAAGGGAAUUUCCCUUCCAUGUUGUCCUUUGGAAUGAAGUGGGUGCCCCCAAACCAGGCCGAGGUGGACGAUGGGGCUGAGAUGGACACAGAUCGAGCUCCUAAGGGCUGCGGAGCUGGAGAACUCCGGCCAAGCGCUCUCUGCCGAGCUGCUGCUGGUCCUCAUUCCCAGUUUAUGGCUGGGCUGCCACCAGCUGUCACCCAGCACCCACCGGCA